CUUAUUAAAGAGUGGCGGGCCAACUGAUAGCUCUGCUGCUGGCUUAACCUUGUUACUGCUACCUGGUUUGCCUCGGUGCUGUUUCCUCGUCUUCUUUCUUCUUGACUUGAAGAUUAAAUCACUAUCAGAAAAAGAUGCUAGGCGCGCUUCGCACUUUUUUAACCCAUGGAAAUGUUGUCAAGGAUUCACUCUUGCAACAUCUCCGUGUUUCGAGUCCAGUCUUGCGGCCCAUUGUGUUUUCUCGUUUUGAAUCAGUCUCCUCUGCUCCUAUUGAGGAGCAUGGCUUCGAGAGCACCACAAUUGCUGACAUCCUCAAAGAAAAAGGUAAGAGUGCUGAUGGUUCAUGGCUGUGGUGCACUACGGAUGACAGCGUUUAUGAUGCUGUCAAGUCGAUGACACAUCACAACGUUGGGGCCUUGGUGGUUGUCAAACAUGGUGAGCAGAAUUCAAUUGCAGGAAUCAUCACAGAGAGGGACUAUCUGCGGAAGAUAAUUGUGCAGGGAAGAUCGUCCAAGUCAACCAAGGUUGGGGAUAUCAUGACUGAAGAGAACAAGCUUAUUACUGUCACGCAUGAUACCAAAGUUCUGAAGGCAAUGCAAUUAAUGACAGAUAAACGCAUUAGGCACAUUCCUGUGAUUGAUGAUAAGGGAAUGAUUGGCAUGGUAUCUAUUGGAGAUGUUGUUCGUGCCGUGGUGAAUGAAUACAGGGAGGAGCUGGACCGUCUGAAUGCAUACAUACAUGGAGGUUAUUGAGACAAGAUGAUGAUGAUGAUGAUGCUGAUGACAAACAUAACAAGGUGCUGUUAAUAUACCUGCUCUUGGAAGACAGCAAGCCUAUAAGAGUUUGUAAAUAUGGUUUGUAUGGAUAAUCUACUCUGAUGUGAAUAUGCAAAUGUUCAGCUGUUUUUGUUUUAUAUAUCCUUUCAAUAUUGGGUUAAUAAGAAGCACUCUGAUGUCGCUUAA